UGGGAGGGGUGCGCCUUUCCCCCCAUAGAGCGCACCAUGCACGCUACGCAGCAAAAGGAUGUGUGAGCAGGCAGCGCGCUAUUGCAGGGACGGCGUCCACAAACUGCUCAACAAAGAACAAGCCAAACUCCGGGCCCAGGACAGCAAAGACCAGCCACCAAACCCCGUAGCCGACCUGGUGCUGGACAGCGAGUCCGCGACGGCAGCACAGACCGGAAACAGCGGCGCUCAGCCCGGUGGUAUCGACGGGCUCGUCCGCUGGAUCGUAACCAAGAUGAGUGACAACAAGAACAUCUCCAGCCGGGAAUUCGCCGGCAGCCGGGAGGAGGUCGCCGUGGCUCAGGAGCAUUUUUACGCUCCUGAACCGCGCAAAGGCAUCGCCGUCAUUCUAGACAUAUUCCGAAGAGCUGAUAAAGACGAUGAUGGCAAGCUGUCUCUGGAUGAGUUCCAGGCCUUCUUCUCCGAUGGCACACUGAACGAGGAAGAACUGGAGAAGCUGUUCCACACCAUCGACUCUGAUAACACCAGUAAUGUUGACACUAAGGAACUGUGCGACUACUUUGCCAAGCACAUGGGGGACUACGAGGGGGUCCUGGCGUCCCUGGAAACACUGAACCUCUCUAUCCUCAAAGCAAUGGACUUCACUAAGAAGGUGUCCGAGAGGGGGUCCAACGUGGAGCAGUUUGUGAACCGUUUCCUGCUCAAGGAGUCAGCCAAUCAGAUCCAGUCACUGCUGAGCUCCGUAGCUGAGUGCCGUGGAUGCGAUGACGAGCAGCAUAGCCAAACAGGACACCACCCAGCCAAAGGGAGCCCGCGCAUGGCUGAGAAGCGCUAUGACAACGCCGUGCCUGACUACCCCCCCCUAACAACAGAGUCAGCGUCAAGGAGACCGCCAGGUGCCCUCACCACGGCCUCAGGUGCUGUGGAGGUCAGGAAAGAGGGUCUGGAACAACAGAUCAACCGCCUGGCAGAGUUAAUCGGACGCAUGGAGAACAAGACGGUCUGGUUUGAUCUGCACCAGCGGCUUACAGACACGGACGGCACCGCCAGCGCAUCCCUGCUGCUGGUGCGUCAGGAGAUGGUGGUUUCCCAGAAGAAGUUGGGGGAGUUUUGUGAAGCUCUUAAGCAGUACCUGAAGAAUGUGUCGGCCCAGCGAGACUGCUUCCAUGUGACUGCAGUCAGGUUGCCAGAUGGCUUGUCCUUUGUCGUCUACGAGUUCUGGGAUGGAGACGAGGAGUGGAAGAGGCACCUGCAGUCGGCACCUAUCAAAACCUUUCAGCAUGUGAAGGUGGACACGCUAUGCCAGCCUGAAGCCGUGUCCACUGUAGCUGUGCCAGCUGCCUGGUGCAGUCUGAACAGAGAAUGAGGACUGAGAUGUUUGACGGCACGCCACCACACCUGGACAGACCUACCCUCCUUAAGACCCGCCUCCUGCCACCCACCCAUCCUCCCCCCCACCCACCCACCCAGCAUUACCACCUUCGCCCGCCUCCUGUCCCUCCCGCCCCUUCCCAACCAGAAAACACAUAGCCCUACACCCCCUUGUCUUUGUAAGUAUGCUACAUGUUUACACGGGGCAAAUGAAUGGCAGCACUUGCAUUGGAUACUGAAACAAGGGUAAGGGGGCAAGGUGAGAUGACUUUACAUACUUUCCAAUCUCACCCAAGGCAGCCUCGCCUUGGAUUGGUUUACUAUAUCAGCUCACCGAAUAGUACACAGACUUCCAUGUAGCAAUGAUCAUGUUUUUUGUAUUGAAGAUAGAGGCUCAGAUUUGAUUUGUAUGAUUUCGAUGAUUAGAUGUAGCCGUCAUUGUAAUAGAAGAUGCUCGAUUUCACUGGUGUUGUUCAACAAAGGUGUGCCCCAACGGAGGCAGCGCGUCGUCCCUAACUGAUGUCCAACGGCUCGGAAGGUGUUAUUAAUUAAUUACAGCACUUUAACCGAUGUCAUUCAGCUAGGCAUAACAGCUUGUUGCCGUGGCGAAGCAGGGAGGCACUACGGAUAAUACAACACAGCGUCACUCGAUGUAGCAGUAGGAUUCGAGGGAUCGGAUGUUCAUGUAGCUUCCAUUUCAUGCACCGUAGUAGCAUUAGGGCCUGUAUGGUUCCUGUACACAGUAACGCCAUGGUCAUUUAGGAGCGGACCAGACUGGAUUGCCUUGUUGUUAAUGUGAAGGUUUCACAUCAACCGCUACAAACUGUUUGCUGCUACCGUAAGAUGGAGAACAACAUCUCGGCAGCAGCAUCCUAAAGCAGUUUAGAAUCCUUUUGUUUGCCUUGUUUAUGGUCACAAUUGGCAGAUAGCCUAUAUUAGUUGUCUAGUAACUACUUUACAUAUGAGAAACAGUGUACUGAUAUUAUUAGAUUUGUUUUAUGUAUUUUAGUGCUACAGUGCAACUUUCUCUUAAAAUAAGUGGUGGGGGCUUAGCCCAACAAUGGCUGGUUUCAAAAUGGAUAUUAGGUUACACAUCCUCAUAAUUAUGAAUCAGAAUUUCAAGAGGGCAACAUUUGAAUGACAUGAAGAUAAUGCCUUAAAUAUCGCACCCUAUGGUGAGUUAUAAAUGUAAAGGAGUUUCACUGGAAUAAACACUUUCCAGUGGGCAGGGCAGAACUUAACAAGUGUCUUCAAAGUCGAACCAUUGGCAUAUUCAGAAAUAUUCUGUUGCAUUAAUACAGCUGUAGGGGGCCUCACUGGGAUCCUAUGGGAUACCUGGGGAGGGAAUAUUACUGCAUCUUUACGAACUUCACGAUUCAGCCUUUAUCAGCCAUCUUAGCACCACUGCUUUGACCAACAGUGAUAAUCGUCAAGACUGAUGACGUAUGUUCGUGCACAGCUAUGCUAACCCAAGGUUAGUCAUAGAGAAACUACAGAGAAACUAUUCAAACUGACAAAAUCUUUAAUUGCCCCAGCUAAAUCAUUUAGCUACAACACACACACACGCGAUCAUUUGCUGGAGGAUGUUGGCCUAAGCAACACUUUCCAUUGUUCUAGUCUGGUUCAAAUCAGGAUCAACAAUAUAAUCCAAAGUAUUUCUAGUUCCACCUCUGAUAGCACGUGACUUUGGACCACCUAAUCAAAUACCUGAAGGAACCACCACCGGAACACAAUCAGAAGAAACUCUCUGAAGCACAAUGUAUAAAGUAAUGACUAUUGUGGCUUGAAUAUAGAUAGAUUACUGAGUAUGAAAAAAAAUGUUUAUUGAUAUCUGAGAUAAAUAGUACUACUUUGUAAACAUGUUUGAUCUUGUUGAAGAUGAUUGUUCAAUGAUAAAAGUCCCUCUGUAUUAAUGGCGCUUUCCAUCCCUUUCUAAAAGCAUCAUUUGCCAUCCAGCUUACUCACCAGUCUGUUUCCUUCUCUCUGUGACAGCUAGUCAUUUGCCACGGUGCGCGUACGAUCGGCUACUCAGAAAGACACAGAUAGGGAUCCAGCCUUACCAGACAAAUAGUGAACUUCUACUUGCCCUUCUUUAGACUGCAGGGAUGCAUUGAGCAGGGCAUUGUGUUUGGAUGGAAUGUUGAAAUGUACUAAUAUAUUACAAACUAUAUCGAAACAGAUAACAAACAAGAUGGACCCAUAGAAGGAUGCCAUCGGGUUUUGAUAUCGCUGCUCUAUUUCUGAAUUGUGUUACUAACGUUUAUUGGCAUUUGCAUUACAAAACACAGAGAUCUGAUCCUUUUGCAAGUGAGGAACACGCUGUGUCGCUCUAAACUGUGACAAACCUUGCUUGUGCACAGGGAUCUCUUAUAAAAGAAUGAAUAGAAAUACAAAGCCAUAAUGCAUGGAUCUAAGUGAACACGUCUGUGACAAUAACAACAAAAUGCACCCAUAGCCAUAGUUUUACAGUAACAAUGUGCCCGGCUGAAUGCAGUCCACAAUCUCUGAAGAAAGACCCUUCUUAUUCCUACUAUCUCGUGCGCUGGCUGGGCUGGUCUCUGGUGAGACAUCGUGUACGUGAACGUCAUGAUGGUGCCAACUCUGUUUCCUGUUAAUACAUUCCUGGAUGUUCCUGGGACAGCCUGCUCUGCUCUCCUACUCUUCCGCUUGGGUCAUAUAAUGAAAGAGUUGUGCCAUCAAAAAAGCAGACCCUAAUCAUCGCCGUUUCAAUUCUUAGGGUGGGCUUGCUGUUGUUAACUGGCGGCCAACACGAUUCAGGGAAGUGAAGAAAUCCAUAGAGAGAAUCUUUUUUUGAGUGAAUGGUAGGAUAGGCCGGCCAUGUUUGGCUUGAGAGCAGCCUACCUUAACACACCUUCUCUGAGGAGGACGUUUAACACCAGGAUUCAAAAUGUUAGCUAGUAGGAAUCUAGCGCAUUAGAAAUGUUGCCAUGAUCGUAACACUCUUUCUUUCUAUGACUUUCCUAUUUUUCACUUUGAGUGCAUGUAAACUGAAUGUUUAGUAACCUUGCCGUAGUAUUAGGCCAUGCUACUCUUUAAUGAGUUUUGUGUAUUUCUUACCUAAUUUUCUUGUUUGUUUUCUAGUAUUCCUAUUAUGGAGACAAAAUGAUAAUACCUAAUGUAUAUGAUUAUAAAAAUGGCAUAAAAUAAAUACAUUUCACUUUUAUGGCAAUGUUUAAUGAAAUACUACAAUUCAUAUGUAUGUUUAAGCGAAAUGAAAUAUAUAUAUAUAUAUAUUUGGUCUUAAAAAAAUAUGUCGACAUCUAGAUGAUGUAGAGUGAUGAAUCUCAAUAAAAUUAUUAAACAGAAA